UUAAUUGUUGAAGAUCUGGGGAAAAACGACAUCAGUAGUUGCUACGAACGCUCCAUGAAAUUUUGGGUAUACUGAGAUGGCUGACAAAAAGAAGAAAAAGAAAGCUUUGAUAGAUAAUACAGAAGAUGAGGAACGGGGUCUUGUCAAUCCAAGUAUGGAUGAAGGAUCUGACACACAGCAGCACAGUGGAGGUGAAUCUUCAGUGGAGCAGGUGGAUGAAACUCAGGAGGCUGAAUCUCUCAUUAAAGACUUAAAAACAAAGCAUCUAAGCAAACAGAAAGAGCUUUCAAAAGUGAAGUCACCAAAAGAUGACCUUGCUAAAGAACUACGCACCAUUAAGAAGAAGAGUAAAGAAAAAGUGGAUGAGACUAUCAGACAGGAAGAGGCGGAGUUAUCUGCAGCUGAGGAUGGAACGGUUCCCAUGCCAACAGAGGAGGAGGAGUUGGCAGAGACCCAACUUGGAGAGUCAGUAGUAACUUUUGCUGAAGAAGAAUUACAACCAGAGGAAGAUGCAGUGAAGAAGCUGAAGAGGAAGAAAGAAAAGGUGGAAGAGGAGGAGGUUGUUCCAAUAAAAGAUGAAGCAGAGGAAACAGUUAAAAAAGAGGAAGAGGCCCCUCCCCCUACCCAGCCCUCUUCCCCUCCCCCAGAGGAGACACCAAAAACUCUUCCUCGGGAGGAAGUGAAAACUCCUAGAGGACUCAGCAUGAAGGCUCGACUCAAAAAAGCCAAGGAAGAGGCAGCUGCCAAGGCUGAAGAAGAAGUAAAAGAAGAGGAGAAGAAGGAGAGACAACUCAAGCGUGACAAGGACAAGAAGAAGACCCGCUUUGAUCAGCCUGAGGUUGAUGAAGCUGAACUAGAGGAAAAAACUCGGGCUUUCCGAUCCAGACUGAAGAAGGCAGGCAAACAGCCUCUGGAGGAAAAGGGUGUUUUUAUGCCAACAUCAGAGGAAGCUUUCGAUUUUUUCACACAUGACUUUGAACCAGAACCUGAGGAGCCAAAAGUUAAAGAGGAGGAGGAGGAGGAGGAAAAGCCUGAAGCUGAGGAGGAGAAAGAGGAGGGUGAGGAGGAAGCAGGACCUAGUGAGGAGGGGGAGGAGAAGAAGAAGAAAAAGGAGAAGGAAGAAGAUGAGGCGUAUUUACUUGAGGAUGUGGAUGAGGAAGGGUACGGAUAUUACGCAAUCAGGAAAACCGAGUAUGAUGAUUCUCCAGAGACAGCCAAAAAGGAGGCAGAAAAACUCUUCUAUCCUUCCGUUACUCCAGUGACGGCUGAGGACAAAUCCAAGAUUUUGCAUGACCAGCAGCCUCGGUUUCUAGAGGAGGAGGGGUUCUACGUAGGAACGAGGCCAAAAAUAUCAGGCUGGAAUGUCAACAAGAUGGAGAACAGACUGAUCAAAGAACUCCAUAAAGAAGAUUGGUUUGGGGAGGAUGGUAGGAUGAUUGUUCUGCCAAACCCCCUCCGCCCCACCCCCUCUCGGCCGGCUGUACCCGAGGAACAAGAACCUGAGUUGGAGACUCAGUACAGAAAGGCCAUCAUGCAUGAGUAUGACAACCGCUACAUUGAUGGCUCCCUGGAUAAUGCAGGAUUUUACCAGCUGGAUGUGGACAUUAAUUCUCUGACUUUCUCUCAUCACCACCUGUUCAGCAGGGAGCAUGUGUUGGCAAGAAGAUUGACAGAAUUGUAUGAGGAAUAUUUGGACAGGCAGAAGAAAAAUAUGGCAGAGUAUCUAACAGAGAAGCUGAAAGCAUUAAAAUUGUCUGCAGUUCAUUUAAGAGACCACAUGACUUCUCACAAGUCAGAACAUGACUAUGCAGAUCGCUCAAACUUUGAGAGGAGACUCCAAGAUUACAAAGAUGAAAUCAGACGAGCAAGAAACUUGAGGGAUAAAGAGGAAAGGACAGAUCGUCUGCUUCUAAAAGCCAUUAUAAAAACGUGGAAAGAAAUCAAACAACAGAGAGAGAAGCAGAAGUAUGUUAACACCCCUGUUAAGCUUCAGGUCAUCACAGAGGACACAAACAAAGAAAAGGACACGACCCAGUGGAAGCUGGAGAUUGAGGAUGAGCUGGAGGAGGUGGAGGAAGAGGCUAUGGAGAUUUAUAAGAAGAAGAUGGCAGAAUACGAGGAAGCAGUGAAGAAGCAGGCAGAGCAGAGGAAAGCCAAGGAAGAGGCUCGAGUUAGGAUACACAAGCGAGGUCGUAAACAAUCUAAAGGCUCAAAAGGCUCCAUGGGAUCCAAAGCUUCACGACUUAGUGCUGAAAAUGAACCUAAUCCGGAGGAAGAAGCUAAGGAUCAGGAGAUAUUAAAUGAACCUGAGAUUGAGCUCCCAGACAAACCGGACGAAUUCAACAGAGAACAGGCCAGGAAAGAAAUCAUUGCCAAAGUUAAGGAAAUCAGGAGGAGGCCAGGGGAACCCAAAAUGUACCCCGAGGUGACUAGUACCCAGUCAAUCACAGAGGCCAGUAAAUGUCCAAGAGCAGAGCAGCAAAGGCGAGAAGAUGUCAGUAAAUGUAAAAUGUUCCUCAAGGUUUUAUUCAACAACAAAGAAGUAUCAAGGACUACGGCAAAACCAUUGACACAGGAAUUCAAACUAAAUUUUGGUCAGAUAUUCAACUUGAAAAUAGUGCAGUGGCCUGAAAGUAUCACAUAUCAGGUAUAUGAGAGCUAUGGCUUUGGAGGAGAGAUGCUUUGUGAGAUAAACUCUAGUAUUCCAGACGCUUCUGUUACCUCCCAGAGUGUUCAGCUAGAGAACUUAGACUUCAGCAGUGAUCACAAAGUCAGCCAUGGACAUGAAGGCGUGGGUAGUGGUGUACCUUUUACCUCUGGAGCUAAAAAAGAACUGACAGAGAUUCUGUACACCACGGGAGAGCUGAGGAGCUCUGUGGCAUGGGCCGUCAAUGAGCAGGGGCAGCCCCUGGUACCACCAAGUUCACAGGAACAAAGCAACUUGUUCUAUGCUAUGAGGAAGAUGGACCCAGUCUCAGCUAUUGGAGCCUCCGGAAUAGUGGACAUCCAGAAACUGGCUAAAUGGUUUGAAGAAUCCAGACUUGAUCCAAAUGAUCCAGCUAAUGCUGAUCUUGUAUACAUGCUUAAGCCUAAGGGAGGUGACCCAACCCUGCUUGCACCAAAAGACUACUUUCGUUUGGAACAAAUGCAAGAAGAGUUUAAUUUCUGUGAAGAUGAGGCUAUUGAGGAAAGUAAACGAUUUAAACUUAUCCAUCUCAGAGACAGCGAAGUGACAGAGUUCAAGAAUUAUAAAAUGGUGCCACUUCUCGAUAGAGAUAUUCCCAGGGAUACAUUCACAGAGUAUGAGAAGAAGAAAAGGGAGGAAGAAAAAUACAAGGAGGAUAAAGAUAUUGAAACUCAUAGGGCAGCAGUGUCAAAGUUCAUGCAGAGGGUAAGGGAGCAGGUGAUCAGAAGGUUCCGUCUGCUGGCCCAUCAGAGACGUCUGGAUGAUGUCAUCAAUGAGGAGGCGGUGCCAAAUAUAGCUUUGCUUGGUACAAGUGUACUCAAACUGACGGAGAGAAGAAGACCACUGCGAGUGGAACGAAAGGAAAGGAAAAAAGUAGUCCCCCAAACCAUCGAAAAUGUCAAGAUCCUCGUCAACAUCAAUCGAGCUGUGUAUGUCCCAAGGAGAGUCACAACCAGUCAGGGUGGAGCUAUGACAGCUCGGGAGCCUGAUAAGGGAGUUAAGAACAUUAUAGGAGAGACCCAGGUGCAGCCUUUUAUUGAAGUCAUGUUCCAAGAUGUAUUCCUCCAGACUGAGAUUGCAGAUGGUCCAAAUCCAAGCUUUAAUGAAGAACUGGAGAUGCCAUUUAAGGCACCAAACGAUGACUACACACCAGGAAAUCUGCAGACUGUGACAGAUAACAUCUACCUUAAUCUGUUUGAUCAAGUGUUAAUAGAUAUACAGGAGGAUGACCGGCAGAGAGGCACCACUGUACAUCAGAGGAUAGAGAAGAAAUGGCUGGGAGGGCUGACCAUUCCAUUCUCUACUGUCUACUUCAAUGGAAAGAUUGAGGGCACUUUUAAGCUGAACAAGCCCCCCAUUUUGUUGGGGUACACACAGGGGCCUGAUGAGGAUGUAGGGCCAUCCAACUCCCAUGAGGACAAUACUUAUGUCAGUAUAUUUUUGACGAUAGAACCCCCUCUACAACCUCCUGAACCAAUGAGAGAAAGGUUUGCGACAACAGAAGAUGAGAAACUGCUGCAAUAUGCUGAAAACUGGGAAAAAACACUAAAUGCCAAGUUCAAGGACAGAGAAUACAAAACAACUGUCAUAGAUGUCAAUGGUAAAACUGUGUUUGUCACUCGAUACUUCAAAGCCCUGGAGCCCCCACCAGAGAUAUUUGAAAACCAAGAUACAGAGGUUAAGAAAAUGGAGAUCGUUGCCCGUUAUGUGUCUAUGAUCCCGUCCGUGUCUGACAGUGUGGUGUUUCCAGGACUCUGUGACAUCUGGAGCACAUGUGAUCAAUUCCUUCAGAUGAUGGCUGGAGAUGAGGAAGAGCAUGCAGUCUUACUGGCCAACUACUUUAUGUAUAUGAAGAAGACAACUUGGCUUAUCAUUGGAAAAGGUAUCCCUGAGGGCCCCACAGCAUAUGUAAUGACAGAGCAGGAAAGUGAUUAUUGGAUCUGGAAUGCUGGGACUGGCGAACAUUUCAGUUACCAUGACAGCUACUGUCCUCUACAGUCCAUAAGCUGCUUGAUCAAUGCAGAAAAUAUAUGGGGAAAUGUUCAACAAUAUGAAAAACCUGCGCAGAUGAACUUUGACCUUUCCCAAGGUUCCUCUUGGAGGCCAUUUUUCUCUCGCAGUUUUCCGAACACAGGCAUUGCAAGCUACCAGCCCGAGAGACUGUACUAUAAACCCACUAACAGGAAUGCAGUUCUUGACCUUCAAGAGAAAAUUGAAAUGCUACUGAAAAACAAGAUAAUGGAGUGGAGGAGUAGGCUAAUUACCCGCUGGAACCGACACUGUACCCAGAUCAUGAGAAAACUCCUCCCUUUUUUGGAGAAUAAUCUUGGCCGUAACCCAGGUGAGCAACACCUAUCGGAGUUAGAAUACACAUUCUCCUCCUACAAAGUGUCUGGCUUCCCCAUCAACAUGCCUUACAGUGAGAUCACAUCUAUUGUGGAUGCUGUGUUCUCCACUCGAGUUCAUGCUCACGAGACCAGUGAUGUGGAAUUUGCCCUGGCAGUUUACAUUCACCCCUACCCUAAUGAUGUGUUAUCUGUGUGGGUCUACGUGGCCUCACUGAUUAGAAAUCGAUGAUUGAACCUUUAAAACAGCUGUUUUUGAAUGACAAGGAGAUAUUAGGAUUUGUUAUCAGACUGUGAUAUAAAGAUUUAUAGUGCAUUUUAUUUAAUCAUGAGAGAAAGUGUAUUUUAGUGAGUAAUUUAAUUGUUAAUGUAUGUUUCAUAUCCGUCCAGUGAUAUUUGUUUAAGAUCAUGAAUAAAUGUGAUAAAUUCAUGAAUAAAUAGAAGCGAUAUUUG